AGGAAGAUGUUUCGGGAUAGCAAAAAAAAUACGGAGCAUAUUACCUAUAGCAAUUUUCAUGAUGGGAGUUAUAAUGACACUUCUGACGUUCCUCACCAUAUUUUCCCUGAAGUCUCUGGGAAUGCUCGGAUUAUUACUUCUAAUAAACGCUAGUGGAGCUGUUGCUAAAGUAUCUGCAGCAUUAUCUCACAAGCAUGAAUCGAAAUCCCCCCAAGAUGUACAUUUCCAUAUACAUCAGAAUAAAGAAGGUGAAUACCACAUAGGCCAUUCUGGGUAUGGAUGGGCAGACGACAGGGUGGACAAUGCCGGCACGAACUACUUGAAUAAAAUUGAGUCCUAUAAUUUGUAUAAUAAGUUGUCUUCUAAUCCAGUAAGGUGAUGAAAACCAGAUUUAUAUCUAUUUUAGUUAAAAUGAUUUCGUUUUCAUAGUACGUAUUUAUUUUUACCUCAAUCAUUGUCAUCAGUUUAGUUUUUCACUGUUACCAACUCAUAUGAACUAAUAGUUACAAAUAAAUAAAUGUUAAAAAUUUCAAAA